GGUUCGUGUAACGGAUAGAUAGAUAGCAGCAGUGAACAAAAAAAGCUAAUAGAAAAGUUCUUGUGCAUAAUUUUUCUUUGUGUAAUACAAUUAUUAUUUACACAAAAUAUGCUUCAAAUGUAAUAAGAAGCUAGAAUAAUUUCUUAUAAAUAAAACUUCCACAAAAUUAUUAAAGAUAAGAAAUUAAGGAAAAUACAAAAAAAUAUGUCUUGAAUGCAAAAAAUCAAAUAAAUAAAAGCUAUUGAUAAUAGUGUAAGAAAGUGUGUUCCAGUGUGUGUGAUUGAGUGAGUGCCAGCAAGUGUAAAAAAAUCUAGUGAAUCAAAGUAAAAGAAAAAAGCAACAAAAAUACCAACACAGCAACUUAAAAAAUACAAAAUAAAUAUAAAAAAUAAAAAUCCAAUGAUUAUUUUUCUUGCAUUUCGUUGCUUGUUAAAUGUAUACAAAAUUAAAAAAAACGCCUAAAAAAUUAAUAGCUUAAAUAAAUAUCAAGUGUAAAUUAAAAUAAAAACAACCAACAAACAAAUUUCAAUGUUUCUUCUUUAACCACAAUUAGACGACGGACGAUUCAUCCAUCAAAUCAAAUAAUAUUUGCAAUAAUAAGAAAAGAAAAUAUUUAAAAAUGGUUUCUCUUAUAAAAAAUCAACUACUCAAACAUUUAUCCAUAUACACAAAAAAUCUAUCAUCAGAUAAAAUCAAUUUAAGUACCUUUCGUGGUGAAGGUGAAUUAUCUAAUUUACAAUUGGAUGAAGCUGUGCUCACCGAAUUAUUGGAAUUGCCUUCAUGGUUGCGUUUAACCUCAGCAUGGUGUAAUCAUGUAUCAUUUCGUAUAAGUUGGACAAAAUUAAAAAGUGUUCCUAUAACGCUGACUCUGGAUGAGGUUAAUAUAACGGUGGAAACAUGUGACCCUACUUCCCGUAGUGCAGACAACAAAUCCCCAAAUGGUGUGGGGAGUGGUGGUGGAGGUAGUGCGGGCGGGGGAUCUCUGCCACAGGCACCUCAGGGCAAAUAUAGUUUUAUACAUAAAGUUGUUGAUGGCAUAACCAUUAUUGUUAAUACUGUUAAUGUAAAAUUUUUAAGUACCGCCUUUACAGCCUCUGUGCAGAUGUCCCGCAUUCGAGUAGAGUCCAAGACUCCCAAAUGGGCCAAUGGUGAUUUACGUUUCACGCGUCUCAAAGACUCGCAUCGUGGCAUUAUAUUGAUAUUCAAAGAGCUAUCAUGGCAAACCGUACGCAUUGAGGCCAGCUCUACUCAGGAUAAAUCAUUGACACCCCUACGUUUGCUCACCAAUCAUGCUCGAUGUCGCAUAACCAUACGAAAACGUUUGUCCGAUUGUACUUUAUUGGCCUCACGUUUGGUUUUAAUUUUGGACGACUUGUUGUGGGUCUUAACGGAUUCGCAGCUGAAAGCAGCUUUACAUUUUGUAGACUCUUUGUCGGGCCUUAUUAAGUCUGCCACGGCGGCUACACAAAAAUCGAAGGCGGCUAGAAAAUUGGAGACUCUGCCCGAGUAUCAAGCCCAAUUGGCUCAACAACAAAAUCGCCAAAGUGAAUCGUCUCACGCCAACAAUCAGCUGAAAAUGUUCAAUGCUUUCGAUGUGAGAGAAACUUCGUAUCAUUUCUUUAGUCAACGUAUUGACUUACAUUUGUGUGAUGAUGAAGGAGAUGGUCGUUCUACUUAUCCCGAACUGGAUAAAGGAGGUGCUUUGCAAAUUUCUGUACAGGCUUUUCAAGUGGAUUACUACCCCUAUCAUUUGGCCAAAUCUGAUAGAUCCCACUGGGCCAAAUAUAAAGAAGCUUCUGUAUCACCCGCUCUCUGGCUGAAAGAAUCGCUUAAUGCAUUUCGUGAAGCUGUACUCAAUCUAAGUCAACCAAAUCGUCCCUCUUCACAUGCUCCCCUCGAACGUAGCACACCCAAUUCACCGAUAACCUUAAAUCCCUCAUCUUUAGCAACACAAUUUCCAGCCAGCAAAACAACUAACACUUCUUCCACUGGCAGUAGUACACCCACCCCAUUGGCUAGUAAUACUAAUUCAGGUGCUUCGUCGGGCGGUAGUCAUCACAGUCAUCAUACACAACAGCAAAAAACCGUGCUCGAUAAUUUAUCGAAAUUAAUGUCUUCGUGUGUUAUACUGCGUAUAGAGGAUUUUCAAUUGUAUCGGGUAACAACGUCGGGUAAAAAACAAAUGCCCAAAGAGUUUGUGUCCGCACAACAUAAAAGGAAAAUAAAACCAGGUGAUAAAGAUCGUUAUUCAUUUCCGGCCGAAAUGCCCAUUUUACAUGCAGAAUUUACAUAUUUUUAUUAUCCUGGAGAUUUUAUAUUCCCAUUACCCCCGUCCAAGGUAUUUGUACACAUAAAUCCACUACAAGUACACUUUGAUCUCUGCUCGAUACUGUGGUUCAAUUCGUUUGUUUUGAAUCUGCAUGAGAGUCUGUUACGUACCAGUAUUGCAGCGGUAUCGCCGACUAACUCGGCCGCCAUUGGUUCACCGUCCACCAUUGGAUCGCAUGGUUCCCAGUCUACGACGUUAAAGGGAUCAUCCAAAUUAUCCUUGUACAAUGAACCUGAAAACGAACCCAGUCUAAUGUAUAUGGAUGUUAAAGUCGAAGCCAUAAUGCCUCGUAUUGUUAUCGAGUCGAGCGUGGAUACGCCGAAUCAAAAGGAUCGUCCCAAAAUGAUGCAAAUACAAAUAUCACGCUUUGCUUUAACCAAUAUACGUGAAAUGGGUUCAUCUCGUGCAGAUUUGGCACAAGCAUUACAUUCCUUACAGGAAGGUUCUUUGGUAUUUGGUACUGGAUUUCCUUCAGCUGCCGGCGACAUGUGCAUAGUUACAGAUCGUAUUUUAUCGCAUGUGGCCGCUACAGAUGUGGGAACGGCGGCCGAAGCAGCGGUAAAUAAUAAUGGUGGUGGUGGGGGUGUUGGUAUUGGUGGACAACGCUCUUCGAUACCAAAAUCCGCUUCAUUACAAUGUCUAUCACGUUAUGCUAUGUGGUCUGAGCCUCGGGAUGUUUGGUGCAUAAAACUUGAUCCCGUUUGGAUAGAUUUUCUUGGUGCCCGUUCAUUGGGCGCCAACAAAUCCAUACCAUUCGUGGAUGCCGUACCCAUAACAUUGUGGUUGCAUUCCGGUACUGGCACUGCUGGCUCUUUGGCAUCCCAAAGUAAUGGCGGUAGUCGUAAGGGCAGUAGUGGUGAUUCAAAUUCUGCUGCUUCCACCACUAAGGCGGGCAGUGCUUCCAUCGAAACCAACAUCCAUCGUUUAGACUAUGCGAAUAGUAAUACGAAAUUGCCUAGAAAUCCUUUUCUGGAUAGCGAAGAGGACAUACAUGUGGAUCGUAAAUCCCAAACAUCUUCGGAGGCUGCAGAGCGUACAGCUGAUUUGCAUGCCAUUGCUCAUAUUUCAAAUUUAGUUAGUGUACAAAUGGAUCACUAUCAAUUGUUGUUCCUAUUACGUAUGGCCGAAGAGUUUAAUGAAAUGGCAACAUUUUUAUCUUUGGAUGCUGACAGAAUUCUACAAAAGCAAAAUACGAAAAAAUCUUUAAUAUUUGGUUGUGUUGUACCACAAAUUGAAGUGACUUUUGUUAUGCCUUCUCCUACACCCGGUAAGGAAUCAAGUGGUGGUGAUGCUGAAAGUGUCUUACCUGAUUCAGCUAGUUUGGGUGAUGAUUUACUUAUAAAUAGUACAAAUAUAACCUGGCCAACACCACCAUUAGAUCAAAUCAAAAGCAAUACAUUUGGCAGUGUAGAAACACCAUCGCCCGUGACAAAUGAUGCACCCUAUGACAAUGGUUUACAUAUGUCAAAUCCAAAUACACAUGGUUACAAUGUUCAAAUACAACAUUCUUCUACCAUGGCGUCUUCAACAACUAGUCAAACCUCGUCGACCAAACCAGACACCGGUGUAUUUACACAAUCGAUGACUUCGUCAAUAUCUAAGAGUAACAGAUCGACGAGAAAUUCAACCAGUGAUGCUCCCAGUAUAACAAAGGAAAUUAAUUCGGGUCUCAUGUCCAUGAAAAAAGGUUUCUCCAGUUUUAUGACCUCCAUCGAUUCAGCUAUUACCUCAAGAGCUCCCAAUGAUGACAUGAGUGAUACUUUCUCCAUACAAAGUGAUAUUAGUUCGGAUUCGGAAAAUUUUGCCAUAGUCAUGGGUGAUGACAAAACAAUGGACUGCAUAGAUGUUAUGUUUCGUUUGAAUCCUUUUACCAAUGAUGGCAAUAUUAAAGCCUCACCCGUGGAAGUGGCCAGUGAAGUUUAUGAGGAGCCCAUUAAAACGAAUCUUAGUUCACCCUCGGAGCCUUCAGAGGCCAGUACGUGGCGCAGAAGAGAUUUAGUGUCUAUGGUUACUUUUAGGUUAACUACCGUGGAGGUAAUUAGACAACAAGAGGGCAACAAUUCCACAUUACGUGUUCAAGUGGCUGCUAUACAGUGUGAUGAAUGUGGUGCCAUACCCUGGGAUGAAUUACAGAAUGCUCAUCAAGCUAACAAGAACAAAUUUGGUGCCCGUUGUAAAGCCUGGAAUUUAGCGCCUUAUAAUCCCGAAGCUCCACCUUGCAUACGUUUACGUCUGGAGGAGACUAUUAAACCGCCCAAGGAUGUUGUGAACGUUGGUGACAAAAAGGCCAUACAAAAUUGGGUCUCCCAUCAUGCUGACAUACGUGUUAGUGACAUUAGUUUGGAUUUGUCGAUGAGUACAGUUAUUGGUUUAGCCGAUUUGGCUGAAGACGAAGUGAUAUCAGCAAAUAUUUUGCCAUUGAAUGUAACUGUUGAAAAUGUGCGCAUAAAUUUAAUUGAAGAUCGACCUCCUGUUAAUAUUACCUCACCGGGACCAGUGCCCAUUAAUUUGGCCAUCGGUCGCAUGCAUUUGAAACGUGAUAAAACUGGACUUUUACUCAUACAACCUAUAGAAACUAAUUUAAAUGGUGCUGGCAUGGCCAACUAUCCCCUAACAGCGGCCAUGUUAAAAACACCAGUCUCGAGUCAAAGAGAAAGAGAACGUGAUCGUGAGUUACUAUCGUUGCAAUUGAUAAUGCAACAAAUUAAACUGGACAAUGAUAAUUUGCGUAAGCAACUGCAAAAUGCUAAAGAAAAUUCAGAAAGUUACAGACAAAAAUCCAAACAAGAAACUGAUGUUUUACGUUCCUAUUUGAAAGCUGCUCAAGAUGAUAUUGCCAUACUGUUGGAAGAGAAAAAAGCUUUACUCGACACCAUACGUUCCCUGCAGCUGCAAGUGACAUCUAUGAGUAUGAACAAUAAGAAAAGUGAAGGCAAUAGCAGGUAGCAUAACUGCAUGGAUUGUAUACAAUGUUGUGGUGAAAAUAAUAAUACAUAAAAUAUACAUUUUAAUAAAAAACAAAACGUAAAGGAAAAUCAAAAAAAUUAAAAGUAUUUAUAUUUCCAAAAAAAAUACUGAAACAUCUUCGUCAACAUUCUGCAUAACUAAUAAAUUUAUUACUAAAAGGGUGUUUUUCUUAAGCUCAAUAGAACUUGAAAUUGUAAUAAAUAUCAUAAAGAAGUAAAGUUUAAUAAAAAAAAAAAAUUUAAAUAAUUGAGAGGUGUCAAAUCGCAAGUCCAAUUGACAGGUCCAUUUCUCGAAUUCAAGGUAUUGCUUAAUUUUGAUUUCAAUAAAUUAUUGGUUGCUUUGUUCAAGCGUCAAUCUAUUCAUGAGAUAUGCCAGAGUAUACUGAUCAUAAAUGUCAAAAAGUGAGCACAGUAUGACGCUCAUUUGACAGUUAACCCUUUCUUAAGUUCUAUCGGCCUUAAAAAAACACUCUUUACAUUAACUCCAAUACUACAACUAAAACUACUACUACAACUAUUAUUAUUAAAAUAUAUUUAAUUAAAAUUUUAUACUUACAAACAAAGUUAAUAAUAUUUUAUUGUAAAUAUUGUUUAUUUAACCUCACUAUUAAACUUAUUACCUUAAUAACUAAAUUAUUUUCCAAAAAAAAUUCAAUAAAUGUUAAUCAAUUCAUAAAAUUAUUAUUUCGUUUAAAUAAAACUCUAUUUAUGUUGUUUAAAAAGACUGAAACUUAAGAAAAACAAAUAGAUAUAUUAUAAUUUUCUUCAAAAAAUGUUAAGUUUUAAUAAAAUUUAUAUAUAAUUUUGGUUUAUAAAACUGUUUUUUCCUUUUUAUCAUCUAACUAACUUAUACAAGCUUUAAUUAACUAUAUAUUUUAUUUUUUCAUAUUUAACUUAUUUGUUUCAAUUCAAUUUUCUUUUACUUAUUAUAUAAAUAAAAUGAAAUAAAAACGCAUUGUUGUGAUUCAUGAUUCAUAUCAAAAAUUAUUAAAACAAAAAAGAAAAAACAAACGUAAAUAACUUGUAUUAUUCUAAAAUAAAUUAUUGAAAAUGUAACUAAUUGUAUUAUAAAAUAAAUAUUAACAGCUGGAUAUUAACAAA